UUGCAUUUUCGUGACAAUGUUUGAUAUACUCGUCAGUGAAGCGGAGAAAAUCUACAUUGUACAUGGGAUACAAGAAAACCUGCGUUGUGAUGGUCGCAGCUGCCUGGAGUACCGAUUCUUGGAGCUAGAGACAGGCAUAGUGCCCAACUGCAGUGGGUCUUCGCACGUCAGGCUAGCGAACACCGACAUCUUGGUUGGAAUCAAGGCAGAGCUUGAUGCCCCUGACCCCUGUGCACCUCAGCAAGGCCGCAUUGAGUUCUUUGUGGAUUGCACUGCUAAUGCUGACCCCGUAUUUGAAGGAAGAGGUGGAGAAGAGAUCGCUACUGAAAUCAGAUCAGCCUUGGCUCGAACUUACAGCUCUCCAAAAUGCCUUGACCUGAAGUCUUUGGCGGUUGUUCCUGGUCAGCAGGCAUGGGUCCUCUAUGUGGAUGUUUUGAUCUUAGAAUGUGGUGGAAGCCUGGUUGAUGCUGUUUCCGUUGCAGUCAAGGCAGCUUUGUAUGACCUAAAGAUUCCAAAGGUUUCAGUAACCAUUGAUGAAAAUGGGGAUCCAGAAAUUGAGGUUUCCGAUGACCCGUAUGAUGUCAACAAAAUAAGCAUUGCAAAUGUGCCUUGCUUUAUUACCCUUUCAAAGGUGGGCCAACAGUUUGUGUUGGAUGCAACCCAAGAAGAAGAAGCCUGUGCAGUGGGCUCUUUAGCAAUGGCUGUUACACCAACUGGAAAGAUAGCAAGUCUUUUCAAAGGUGGUACUGGGAGCCUUCAUCCUGAAAACAUUAUGGACAUCAUUGAGGUUGGAAGAGAUGUUGGGAUUGCUCUCAACACUGCAGUCACUGAAAAGUUGAAGCUUGAAAGCAGUGUUAAAAGGGAAAAGAAGGGAUUUCUUCUAUAGGCACGCAGCUGCUGUAUACCAAAUGUAUGCAUGGAGUUAGUGUGCUGUGAGUAAAGAAAAAAAUAAAUGUGUCAUCACUGCGACUGUCAGAUUUUCAGCCUGUGCUAUAGUGGAAGGUUCUCUUUGCAGUAGUGGAGAGAUUUAGCUUGUCCGUAUGCAUACAGUCGACUUCUGUUAAUUCAUCCCUGGCUGGACCAAUGAAAUUGAUCUAAUUAUCCGGCGGGUUGAAUGAACUCUUUCAUGCACAGUUUAUUUUGCUACUAAAACUGAU